AGUGCCACCUCAGAAGAGAACUGACAUUACCGUAAAGAUGCGUUCGAUUGACAAAUGGUUAAAAUCAGAGGUUAUAAAGUUUCUAAUCUAAACGAUAUUGUUUUUUCCUUUAAACAGGAGAUGUCUUAUUUUACAGGUCAAAUUAUUAUUCCUUCAUUUAUAAUUUAUAAUGAUCGUUAGCGCUUGACAGAUAAGUAAUGACAAAAUGACUUUGAAAACUUUACCAGAUAGUUCAACAUUAAUAUUUUAGAUGUCCCAUUGCCAAUCUCCAUCCUUAUAAUAUUGGCAGCUUCUUUGUGUUGUAUAAAUUCGCACGAUGGGAAUUUUGUAUUCGACGACUCCGAGGCUAUAGUUAAUAACAAAGAUGUUCAAAGCGCCCCUCUACUCAGUAUUUUCGAAAAUGAUUUCUGGGGAACAAAACUCUCACAUAAAAAGAGCCACAAAUCGUAUCGUCCAUUAACGACUUUGACAUUUAGGUUUCAAUAUUGGCUAAGAGGAUACCUAAAUGCACAAGACUUUCAUAUUGUCAAUAUUACAUUACAUAUCAUUGUAUCGGUAUUAAUGCUAUUUGUGCUCAAUAUUAUAUUAGGUCGAAAUAAUAGAAAAGUGUCAUUUUAUGCAGCUGCAUUGUUCGCAGCACAUCCUGUCCAUGCAGAGGCUGUUUCCGGAAUAGUGGGAAGAGCCGACUUACUAUGCGCUCUGUUUUUCUGGCUAUCAAUUUUAUUUUAUAACCAAUGCAUUUUCAAUACAGGAAUGGUUUGGAAAUCCUGCAGUUUAUGUUGCUGCAUUUCUUGCAUCGCUGUAGCAAUGUUUUGUAAGGAGACCGGCAUAACUGCUAUUGGACUUUGUGGUAUAUAUGAAUUAGUCAUAAUUAACAAAGUUUAUCCGAUCGAUAUAAUCGGCGUUUUAUCAUUGAAGUACUCGUAUAAAGAAACAAUGCAUUUUCUUACUCUUAAUCGGGGUUCUAUUUUCCGAUAUUUUGUAUUGCUCCUAGCCCUGGUGAUUCUUCUAUCGAUAAGAUUUAGCAUCAUGGGCUUCCUAGCUCCAACUUUUGAAAUUGUAGACAAUCCCUCAUCUUUCAUCGAUAGCUUGUUUUUUCGUGUACUUAAUUAUUAUUAUAUAUAUUGCUUAAAUCUCUGGUUGAUGGUGUGCCCGAUAUGGUUGUGUUUCGAUUGGUCAAUGGGUUGCGUACCCCUUAUUACUGGAUUCAACGAUGUCCGACUUCUUGCCGUAGUGAUUCUGUGGAUAAUACUUGGCACUUUCUUGAUGUACACCUUCUCUUCCAGUCGAAGCAACGACUCGAGAUACGUCAUCAUGGGAUUUACCUUUCUGAUCGUUCCUUUCUUGCCAGCAAGCAAUAUCUUCUUCAGAGUUGGCUUUGUAAUUGCUGAAAGAACUUUGUACAUUCCGUCAGCUGGGUACUGCCUGCUGUUUGCCAUUGGUUUGGAAAAGCUGUCGAAUCGAUGGUCAUCGCCAAAGAUUUUCGUGUCAAUGUAUGCGAUGCUGAUACUUCUGUUUUUCACUCGAUCGUGGGUAAGGAGUAACGAAUGGAAGACGGAAACGGUGCUUUUUAAUUCAGCCAUACGAGUGUGCCCACUCAAUGCAAAAGUUCAUUACAACGUAGCAAAGAGUGCUGCCGAUUUAGGCAACUCCACACAUGCCGAACUAGAAUACAAAACUGCCUUGCGGCUGAAUCCCAAUUAUACACAAGCUAUGAACAACCUGGGAAAUUUACUUAAGGACCGGCAACAAUACAUAGAAGCGGAGAAAUUAUUCAGGCGUGCCGUCAAACUACAGGAAGACUUUGCUGCAGCUUGGAUGAAUCUAGGUAUCGUGCUCUCGGCUCUAAAAAAACACGAAGAGGCCGAAAAAUGCUACUUGACAGCUUUGUCGCACAGGACAAAGUAUCCCGACUGUUACUAUAAUUUAGGUGUACUAUAUCUAGAAGUUAAGCGUUUCGGUGAAGCAUUGAGUGCAUGGAAAAACGCUACUCUUCAGAAAGAGGCUCAUCGACGAGCUUGGACUAACAUUGUCUUAUUGUUGGACGAUUUAGGACGUUCUCGCGAAGCAUUAUCGGUGGCUAACCAUGCCCUUAAAAUCAUUCCUGAGGAUGCCUCUAUGUAUUUCAAUAUUGCCAACAUAUUAGGUAAAGAAGGGAAUUUCUUGGACGCGGAAAAAUAUUUCAAAAGUGCAAUUGCAAGGAAUCCAAAUAAUCCAAUGUUUUAUACAAAUUUAGGUGUCUUGUACCAUCGAUGGGGAAAAUUUGACGAAGCUAACAAAAUGUAUAACAAAGCAUUGCAGAUCAAUCCAAACCUGCAGGGUGCAAAAGAGAAUUUGCGCAAACUCAACUCUAUUAGACUGUAAUUACUAAGCAAUAAAUCUUUAUAGUCCCCUA